UGAGUGACACGACCAAAGACCAAGAAGACGACCGACGCAAAGCACAACACAGGCACCACAAAAAUCCAAGCCUUGAUCUCUCUCUGUCUCUAACUCUUUCCUUAACACUGAAACGCACACACACCUUGUGUGUUCACUACACUUCAUAGUUUGCUCGGUUAGGGUUUCAUCUUUCAUCGUUCAACGCAAUUGCUUCGCCAUGAAGAAAACCCCUCACCCCAACCCCUACGCCACCAUGCGCCGCCGCGACUUCCCUCGUCAACCACCCCAAGCCGGUUCCAAUCCCCUCCCCGUCAACCGUUCCUACCAUCACUGGAAGUCCCGAUUCCCCCCCAACGCCCGAUUCGACCGUCCACCGGAGCGAAAUUUCGUCGUCGAGCUCCGCCUUGGUCGCCGCGCCCUCCGCCGCGACCACGUCGAGGCCUUGAUUGACAAAUGCGUGUCCAAGCCGGAGUACUUCUCGUUCUACCCCGGCGACUCGGUCGCCGCCGCGCUCAAUUACCGGCGGUGGGAGGACGCGCGCGACGCCGUCGUUUGGUUCUGGGAAUCGCGCCUCACCGAGGUUCACGAUUUCUCGCCGGUGGUGGCCUCGAACGUUGUCGACAGGGUGGACUUGGAAGGUCGCCUCCGAAGCGUGUUCGCGAAGCACGUGAAGGGGUUGAUGGAAGGCAAGGAGAUGAAGCGUUGGGUAGCUGAAAGGGAACGGUUAUCGAAAGAGAUUGCGAGUGUUAGGAGUUUGCUGGGUACGCGAUUGCCAAUUGGUGUCAACCUGCAGAUGAUGAUGAAGAAGAAAGGACUUGUUACUGAGAAGAAUUUGGUUGAAAGGAGAAUAAAGGAGUUUGAGUGUGCAAUGGAGUGCGUGUUGAAGUAUCUGGAGGAGGAUGAGGUUGUUGAUGUUCUUUCCGUGUUUAGCUUUAAUGGAAGUUUUGAUUGGAAGCGGAUUCACUGCAUGAUCACCAGGGAGUGUCAGAGACUUGAUGAUGGAUUGCCAAUUUAUGCUUAUCGGAGGGAUAUUAUUCGCGAAAUCCACCGUCAACAGAUAAUGGUGUUAAUUGGGGAGACCGGUUCUGGCAAGAGUACACAGUUGGUACAGUUCCUUGCCGAUUCAGGCAUUGGCGCUGAUGAAUCCAUUGUAUGCACCCAGCCUCGCAAGAUUGCUGCCAAAUCAUUGGCUCAAAGAGUCCAGGAAGAAAGCAAUGGAUGUUAUGAAGACUAUUCAAUCAAAUGUCGUUCUACAUUUUCAUCCAUGCACAAGUUUGAUUCCAGGAUAACAUUCAUGACCGAUCACUGUUUACUGCAGCACUACAUGAGUGAUAAAAAUUUGUCUGGGGUCUCGUGCAUCAUAAUUGAUGAGGCGCAUGAAAGGAGCUUAAACACUGAUCUACUGUUGGCAUUGUUAAAGAGUUUACUUUGUAGGAGGGCUGAAAUGCGGCUUAUCAUUAUGUCUGCUACAGCCAAUGCAAUGCAGCUAUCGGAUUACUUCUAUGGUUGUGGAAUUUUUCAUGUGCUGGGGAGAUGCUUUCCCGUAGAUAUCAGAUAUGUUCCUUCUGACCAUGCAGGACAUUCUGGUUCUGCUGUUGUUGCUUCGUAUGUUUCUGAUGUGGUGAGAAUGGCAACUGAGAUUCACAAAACAGAAAAGGAGGGAACUAUUCUAGCCUUUUUGACAUCACAGAUAGAAGUAGAAUGGGCAUGUGAAAAGUUUGGAGUUCCUUCUGCAGUUGCUUUGCCCUUGCAUGGAAAACUUUCAUCUGAAGAGCAAUUUCAUGUUUUUCAGAAUUACCCUGGAAAAAGAAAGGUCAUAUUUUCAACAAAUCUUGCAGAGACAUCACUUACAAUUCCUGGUGUUAAGUAUGUGAUAGAUUCUGGGUUGGUUAAAGACAGUAGAUUUGAUCCUGGCAGUGGUAUGAGUGUACUAAAAGUUUGCUGGAUCAGCCGGAGUUCUGCUGAUCAACGUGCUGGUCGUGCUGGGAGGACUGAACCUGGUACGUGCUAUAGGCUGUAUUCGGAAGCUGAUUAUCAUUCUAUGGAACUAAAUCAAGAGCCUGAGAUUCGAAGAGUUCAUCUUGGUGUAGCAGUUUUGAGGAUCCUUGCUUUAGGUGUGAAGAAUGUGCAGGAUUUUGAUUUUGUGGAUGCUCCAAGUCCUACCUCUAUUCAGAUGGCAAUUAGGAAUCUAAUUCAAUUAGGAGUCAUUGAAGUGACCAAUAAUGUUCACGAAUUAACUUCUGAGGGGAGGUGCUUGGUAGGAAUGGGAAUUGAACCCAGGCUUGGUAAACUUAUUCUUGGCUGUUUCAAACAAUGUUUGGGCAGAGAAGGUAUUGUCCUUGCUGCUGUGAUGGCCAAUGCUAGUAGCAUUUUUUGCAGAGUUGGUACUGAAGAUGACAAAAAAAGAUCUGACUGUCUUAAAGUGCAGUUUUGCCAUUGUGACGGUGACCUCUUUACUCUUCUCUCUGUGUACAAGGAAUGGGAAACUUUGCCACCAGAAAAGAAGAACAAGUGGUGCUGGGAAAACAGCAUCAAUGCCAAAUCUUUGAGGAGGUGCCAAGACACAAUUUUGGAGUUAGAAGCAUGUCUUGAGCGUGAACUUGACCUUAUUACACCAUCAUACUGGCGUUGGCACCCUUAUAUUCCCUCUGAUCAUGAUAAGAAUUUGAAAAAGGUUAUACUGUCCUCGCUUGCUGAGAAUGUAGCCAUUUUCUCUGGCUCAAAUCACCUUGGUUAUGAGGUGGCACAAACUGGAAAACAUGUCCAACUACACCCAUCUUGUUCAUUGCUUGUGUUUGCUCAGAAACCGAGUUGGGUUGUUUUCAGUGAGCUUCUUUCAGCUUCUAGUCAAUAUUUGGUCUGUGUAAGUGCUUUUGACUUUCAAUCAUUACACAGUCUCUGCCCUGCUCCUUUGUUUGAUGUUUCCAAACUGGCAGAGCGACAGUUGCGAAUGAGGACGCUGACUGGUUUUGGCUGUAUUCUUCUCAAGAGAUUUUGUGGGAAAGCAAACAGUAAUUUACUUGCCCUUGUUUCACGUAUAAGGAAAACUUGUAUGGAUGAGCGCAUCUUCAUUGAAGUGAAUGUUGACCAGAAUGAAAUCCAGCUCUAUGCCACUUCUAAUGAUAUGAAUAUGGCCCUUGGGCUGGUUAAUGAUGUUUUAGAGUAUGAGAAAAAAAUGUUAAGUGCUGAAUGCAUGGAAAAAUUUUUGUAUCAUGGUUCUGGUUUCUCUCCACCUGUAGCUUUGUUUGGGUCUGGUGCUGAGAUAAAGCAUUUGGAACUUGAGAAACGUUCCUUGAGUGUUGAUGUGUGUCACCCGAAGAGAAGUGCAAUUGAUGACAAGAAGCUCUUAAUGUUUUUUGGCAAAAAUACCUCUGGUUGUAUCUGCUCUGUGCACAAAUUCACAGGCAUGAUUAAGGAUGAGGAUGGAGAAAAGUGGGGCAGGAUAACAUUUCUGUCCCCUGAAGCUGCCAGAAGAGCUGCUGAGCUAGAUGGUGAAGAGUUUUGUGGCUCCCCCUUGAAAAUUAUUCCUGCACAACUGGGAGGAGAUAAAAUAUUUUCAUUUCCUGCUGUUAAAGCAAAAAUUUGUUGGCCUCGGAGGCCUAGCAAGGGAUUUGCCAUAGUUAAAUGUGAUAUAAAGGAUGUCAAUUUUAUUCUGAGAGAUUUCUAUAACCUUGCUGUCGGAGGAAGGUAUGUUCGAUGUGAAAUUGGCAAAAAGUCUAUGGACAGUAUUGUGGUAAGUGGGCUGGACAAAGAGCUCUCAGAAGCUGAAAUACUGGAUGCACUGAGAACUGCUACAAGUAGAAGGAUUCUGGAUUUUUUCUUGGUGAGAGGAGAUGCUGUUGGAAAUCCGCCAUGUAGUGCUUGUGAAGAGGUGCUCCUAAAGGAAAUUUACCCCUUUAUGUCCAAAAGAAAUCCUCAAAUUGGUUCAUGCCGAGUUCAGGUGUUUCCACCUGAGCCAAAGGAUGCUUUCAUAAGAGCUUUAAUCACUUUUGACGGAAGAUUACAUUUGGAGGCAGCAAAAGCUUUGGAGCAAAUUGAAGGGAAGGUUUUGCCUGGAUGUCUUUCAUGGCAAAAGAUAAAAUGCCAGCAAUUGUUUCAUAGUUCCUUGACAUUUCCUGUUCCAGUGUAUUGUGUGAUUAAAGAACAACUGGAUAAAGUACUUGCAGGCUUCAACAAUUGUAAAGGUCUUGAGUGGAGCCUAGAGAGGACACUUAAUGGUUCCCACCGAGUGAAGAUUACAGCCAAUGCCACGAAGACAGUGGCAGAAUUUAGAAGACCUCUUGAAGAACUAUCGAGGGGAAAAACAAUUGAACAUGACAGCCUCACCCCUGCAGUUCUACAGCUCAUGUUGUCCAGGGAUGGCUUUAAUCUUAAAAGGUCAUUGCAGCAAGAGACUGGAACUUAUAUUCUUUUUGACAGGCAAAACCUGAAUUUACGGGUGUUUGGUUCUCCGGACAAGAUUGCUUUGGCUCAGCAGAAGGUGAUUCAAUCCCUACUCUCUCUCCAUGAAGGAAAGCAGUCAGAAAUCCAUCUGAAAGGGAAGGAUCUACGUCCUGACUUAAUGAAGCAAGUGAUUACGAAUUUUGGGCCAGAUCUCCAUGGACUAAAAGAGAAGGUACCAGGGACAAAUCUUACGCUCAGCACACGCCGCCAGAUAAUCUUUCUUCACGGUAACAAGGAGUUGAAACCAAGAGUAGAGGAAAUAAUUUUUGAGAUUGCAAGUUCAAGCCAUCAUUUGGUUGAGAAUUUUGACACAGGACCUAAUUGUCCUAUUUGCUUGUGUGAGGUUGAUGAUGGAUACCGGCUUGAAGGCUGUGGUCAUGUGUUCUGCCGGUUGUGUCUAGUGGAACAAUGUGAAUCUGCUAUAAAAAACCAAGGUAGUUUCCCAAUAUGUUGCACUCACGGGGGCUGUGGAGAACAUAUUCUACUUACAGAUUUGAGAUCUCUCUUAUCAAGUGAUAAGGUGGAGGAACUUUUCAGGGCUUCUUUGGGAGCUUUUGUGGCAUCCAGUGGGGGAACUUACAGGUUUUGUCCUUCUCCUGACUGCCCCUCAAUUUAUCGGGUUGCAGAUCCUGGGACAGCUGGCGAACCAUUUGUUUGUGGGGCAUGUUUUUCAGAGACAUGUACCAGGUGCCACUUAGAGUGUCAUCCAUACAUUUCUUGUGAGAGAUAUCGAGAAUUUAAGCAAGAUCCGGACUCAUCUCUGAAGGAGUGGUGCAAAGGGAAAGAACAAGUUAAGAGCUGCUCGGCCUGUGGAUAUGUAAUUGAGAAGGUUGAUGGGUGCAACCACGUUGAGUGCAAGUGUGGAAAGCAUGUCUGCUGGGUUUGCUUGGAGUUCUUUAGUAGUAGUGAUGAAUGUUAUAACCAUUUGAGAAAUAUACACAUGGCCAUCAUAUAAAGUGUCAUUUGCGUACUUUUUUGUUUAGAUAUGUAAAUUUAGCGUAGUGGUAUAUACCCUAUACAUAGAAGUAGGAAAAUGUACAGCUUAAAUGUAAAUAGAUAAGUUAUUGCAUCUUCCUUCCAAUGCAAGGAGGUUAUAGCAUAUAAGUUGCAUCAUGUAUAUUGGGUGUGAGUUGUGCUCUUCUGCUAUGCAUAUCUAACAUCAUUUGUCUUCCAAGACACGUU